CAGACAGCAAUACAAAGACAAGACCGGCUGGACAAGAAAUCUGGUUUGACCCCUACUUCUGUAAUGGCUGAUAGCAACAAGGUCGCGAUAUUAGAAUCGCAAAACAAAAAUCUUCAAGCCAAGGUGAAAGUAUUGAAACAACAGUUAAUGAAUCACAGUUACAUCCACAGCAAAGAGGGAAGGAUCAAUGAUGCUAAGAUGAAGCAAGCUCAAGUGAAAACACCGAGAGAGUUGGAGUACAACCCCGUUCCUAAUCAGACACAAUCUGCUCGAGAUGCAAAACCUGACAGAAAUGUAGCUGCUUUGAAAAUGAGGAUCAACGAACUAGAAGAUCAACUAGAAACACAAAAGAACAAAUACAAAGCCAGGCUUGCUCAACUGGAAAAAGAACUAGCAGCUCUGGAAAAAGAGGCGGCGAAAAGCGGAACAAGCGUGAACGAACAACUGAGUGAAACGUCCAGACAGGUGAAGGAUAACACGGAGUUGAUAAAACUGAGAAUGCAAGCGGAGAAACAGGCUGCUGAACUGGAGGAGCUGAGAGAGAAAUUGCAGAGUGCGGAAGAGAAAACUGAGAAACUAAGAGAACAGCUCAGAGACUCCAAGGACAAAGUUGAUGACCUGGAGAGACAGUUAGAAAAAGAAAGAAACAAGUCGAGAUCUGCAAUAUCACAAGCCUCUAGGGGAACCACACAUAUGGAGACCAUCCGGGCGCUAGAAGAGCAGAUCAGAGACCUACAGAAAGAAAAAGAGACAUUGAAGGAUACAAAUGACAAAUUACUCCAGCUGACUCAAACUAAGAGCGAGAAGAGUAUGAAGAUGCCUAGUGGACAUUCCAUCCAGAUACACCAGCUUGAAAAGACAUUGAAAGAAAAGAUGGAGGAGCUGUACGAGAAAGAGGCUAAAAUCAGUGAUCUUGAACAACAACUGACAGAAGCUCAAAAAGAAAAGUCAAUAAUUGCGCCUCAUCAAUCAGUAAAAUCCAUUCAAGUAGAACAACAGAUAUCUGAGCUUAAAAAGGCAUUGAAAGAAAAGAUAGAAGAGUUGGACGAGAAAAAAGCUCAAAUCAGUGAGCUUGAGAAGCAAUUGGCAGAAGCUCAAAAAGAAAAGUCAAUAAUUGCGCCUCAUCAAUCAGUAAAAUCCAUUCAAGUAGAACAACAGAUAUCUGAGCUUGAAAAGGCAUUGAAAGAAAAGAUAGAAGAGUUGGACGAGAAAAAAGCUCAAAUCAGUGAGCUUGAGAAGCAAUUGGCAGAAGCUCAAAAAGAAAAGUCAAUAAUUGCUCCUUCUCAAUCAGUAAAAUCCAUUCAAGUAGAACAGAAAUCUGAGUUUGAAAAGGCAUUGAAGGAAAAGAUAGAAGAGUUGGACAAGAAAAAAGCUCAAAUCAGUGAGCUUGAGAAGCAAUUGGCAGAAGCUCUAAAGGAGAAGUCAAUAAUUGCUGCUUCUCUGUCAGCAAAAUCUGUACAAACAGAAGUAAGUUAA